GAUCAGCAUCGUGUUCUCAGUAGUCAAUAUCAAAUUUAGGUUGACCAUCUCCAGACAUAAAUCGAAAAGAUCAUUCCACCAUUCCAAGUGCAAAGCAAGCAUCGCGUCUCUGAUGUCUGUAGAUCCCGCGAUCCUCUGCUUGCUUCCCUCCAUCUCCUCUACGUCUCCCUCCAAUCCUCCCUCCAUCUCGCUCUCGUCGCUGUCAGGUGGUACGUCUGCUGCUCGUACGCAAAAGCUCACCGUCAACGACCAAAGCACGACCAACUCAAAAGCCACCGAGUCAAGACACUACUUUCUCAAGACAAGUUCCUCUCCUGAUGCCUCGACCAUUUUCAGAGGCGAGCACGUAUCUUUAUCAGCAUUAUCCACCGCCAUUCCUGAUUUCUGUCCGAGACCGAUCGGCCAUGGCACGUACGAGAAUGAUGCCAGAACAUCAUUCCUGUUGACCGAGUUUAUCGAGUCUGGCGGAUCCUCUUCCACCCAAUCUUCCUACCAUGAGAACGAUGAACCUCCGCUUUCUCUCGCUGCAAAGAUUGCCCAUCUCCACUCGCUUCCUUCAUCAAUUGCCGAGGAUCUUGAAAAGCCAGGUUUUGGAUUCCCCGUCACGACGUUUUGUGGUGAUACUCCACUUGACAAUUCAUGGUGUUCUACUUGGGUGGAAUUCUUCGCAGAGAGGAGGUUGUUGGCAAUUGCCGAUCGGUUUGAAAAGCUGCAUGGGAAAGAUGACGAGCUGAGAAACAUUGUUGACAGAGUGUGUUCGGAGGUUGUAAAGAGACUAUUAGGAAACGAAACUCUUUGCUCACCACAUGGUCCCCCACCGCGUCUAAUCCACGGCGAUCUCUGGUCCGGCAACACAACCAUCGGCACACUCGCACCAUCAGAAAGUCCCUCCUCCCGUCCCGAAGCCCUGACAUUCGACCCGUCAUCCUUCUACGCACACUCCGAAUUCGAUCACGGCAUCAUGAGCAUGUUUCCGGGUGGGACAUUCGAUUCGGAAUUUUGGAGGGAAUACUUUUCCGUCAAGGAAAAGGAUGAGCCCAAGGAGGAAUACGAUGAUCGUGUGGCCUUGUAUAGGAGCUGGCAUGCGUUGAACCACGCUGUCAUGUUCGGCGGCCGCGGAUCAUAUCGGACAUCCGCACUGAGGACUCUUAGGGAUCUUCUGAGCAAGUACGGUACAUCGUGAACUGGUGGUGGGGCGAUGCAUUGCCAGACUACCGUCAAUGAAACCGAAUCCUGUGGCUGGUACCCCAAGGAUCCAAGGUCGAAUCGGGCUUGAAUACCUAAUCGUGGAGAUUGUCGAGAUGCAGGGAGCGGGCAAGUAAUUAGAGCAAGGAUAUUGUCAUAAUUCGAUGUGGCUCAGCCGGAGUUUCCAGGCGAGAGUAGAGGAACAGAGAAGCUGUGGAAAAUGGGGGGUUGAACCGUCGCGCAUGGUAAUGAUCAGCCACAAUACAGUUCGCUUUCUCUAAUUCAAAUCAGU